GACCCGCGGCCGAAGCACUCCACGAGCGCGCGCGCACGCCUAUAUCUGUCGUCACCCGCGCGCCGCUCGCCCAUUCAUCGCUCAGCCGCCGCGCCAGCCUGAGCUACGACACGAGCUGACGCACCGCUCGCGCGAGGAAAUGGCCGUUUAUUGAAUACGGUCUAACGGAGACACAUAGAUCCCGCUGUCUAGUGAUCGCCACUGGUAUUUUCGAAGUGCGGAAAAAUAGCGACAUGGGUCGAACCGGAAGUAGCGCCGUGCUGUUUGCGCUAGCGUGGUGCGCGGUGGCCGCCAAUUCGAUUUACUUCCCGCAGCAGUCGGAGGCGGAGGAGCAGGUGAGGGCGGUAGCCGACCCGCUAGCGCUGGAGGCGGAGCCUCCGACCAACGGGACGCAGCCGGGGCAGGCGAUCCAGUUCUCGGAGGAGGACAGCCAGCCGGACGUGUUCGUGCCGGCGGCCAGCCUGUGGCUGUCGCAGCUGGACAACAUCAUCGCGCGCGGCGUGCUGCAGUUCGCCGUCGACCUGGACAGGACGCUGUGGGCGGCGGGGGGCGGCCGCGGCGCCGCCUCCGGCGCCGGCGCCGUCUUCUCGCCGCUGAGCGUCGUGGGCGCUCUGGCGCUGGUGCUGCUGGGCGCGGGCGGCCGCACGCACACCGAGGUGGCGACGCUGCUGGGGCUCACGACCGGCGUCGACCUGUCGGGAGCGCGCGCCGACCUCUUCCACGAGCACUUCGGCCGGCAGCUGUCGCGCCUCGUAGCCCGGCCCGGGGUCGACACCAGCACCGAGGUCGCCCUCGCCAGCGCCAUCUUCCUGCAGCGCGACUUCCCCCUGCUGCGCCAGUUCGUCGCCUACGCCAGGGAGGUCUACCGCAGCGAGGUGCUCAACCUCGACUUCCGGCUGCAGCCGACGCUCGCGCAGAAGGCCAUCAACGACUGGGUGGAGAACAAGACGCGCUGCAAGAUCCGCGACUUCCUGCCCUUCCCGCCGCUGCCGGAGACGCGCAUCAUCAUCGGGAGCGCCAUAUACUUCAACGGCGCGUGGCAGGUCCCCUUCCCUCUCACGCACAGCAUGAAGCGCCCCUUCUACGUCACCGGCGGCUACAAAGGGGUCGUGACGCCGCAGGACGAAGUGCUGGAGGUGACCCUGAUGACCAACGCUGCCGACCUGCCCUACGCGACCGAUUCGAGUCUCGGCUGCAGCAUCCUGGGGUUGCCCUACCGCGGAGGUGAGGCGGUGAUGUACCUGGUACUGCCCGACAAGAUGGGCUACCAGGCACUGCGCGAACUGGAGGACAGGCUGGACGCGCCGACUCUCGAACACCUCAUCGCGUCGACCAACACCACGCCCGUCAUCCUCGCAGUGCCCAGAAUGAGUCUCGAAGCGAGCACCAGUUUGAAGGACCACCUGGAGACCAUGGGAGUGAAGACCUUGUUCGACCAGCACGCGGCCAACCUCAGCGGCCUGUCACCGGGGAUUAGGGUGCAAGUGGAGAACCCCGACGCCGACAACCAGACCUCGACCGACGAGACCUUCACUGUGGGGCCCGGACUCUACGUGGACGACGUGCUGCACAAGGUGCAGGUGGAGGUCACGGAGACCGGGACGGUGGCCGCGGCGGCGACCGCGCUGUCCAUCACCCGCGACGGCUCGCGGCCCGUCUUCCGCGCCGACCACCCCUUCCUGUUCUUCAUCCACCACCGGGCCACUCGUCUAGUCAUGUUCUGGGGCCGCGUCAUCAGACCGACACCACACACUGUGCGCCAGGCGCCGCAGCCGGCGGACGCAGCGGCCAACUCAUAAAUCGUGUCGGCCGGCGUUGACCCACUCGUUGUUCAAACUGCGUUGGCGUUGACAGGGAAGACUACCUCGUUAGUAGUUCCGUAAAGGGCUACUAGGAAAGUGGAUGCAUACCAUACAGUUUAACUGAAAAGUACUUCAGCAUCGAUCUUGUAGUACACGUUCUGAUUCUCUCAGAUGGUGUAAGACGAGAGAAUUAGCACCAUCUCGCGUGUGAAAUAUUUAUUAAUAUCAGCAUUUUCUAGUAUCACAUGCAAGACUUGCUGCUGAUGUGGUGAAUAAUGACGUGUUCAUUACUGUGCAAGGAAGAAAUGUGACCAUAUAUCAUCUCACCCCAGAGAUCUCCAGCUCACUGAUACUGGUAAUUCACACUAGUGUUAGUACUAAUUAGGACACCAUUGACGCAUAUACCAAACACAUGUAUACGAUCGAGAGAGAGCGUCAGUGUCAAUACGUUCUACUUUACUGUUUAAUCGCAAAUUCCAAUGAUUCAGGUUUCACUCGUUAACCAUUCUUAUAAUUAAAAGAAAAAGUGAUACAAAUAAAAUAAUGUACUUCGUUCGUUUAAACCAGUAGGAAGUGUUAGCUUCCAGUAGUGAAAUUGUUUCAGUCAGUGCGUGUGUAUCAUCUUCAUGUAUUAAUAAAUUGUUAACCUUCCAGACUAUUUUUAUUUCUGGUUAUGACACUCGUGUCUGUUCCUAUGGUUAUCAUCCUAUUUCACAUUUAAUUUCAAGGCUGCACUUAACAGUCGAAAUACACACUUCCAUUAGUCUCAGCCGAAGAUGUUACAGUCUUUUAAUGCGGUUCUGUCCCCUUAUAACCCCCAAUCUUUACGUUCUCCUUAACUACAGAAAUGCUCAAUCUUGCUUAUCAUUUUAUUCAUUGUUGUUUCCAUGUGGAUUGUAUGUAAAUUGUUUUGAACAGCAAUAAAUGUAGUAAGAAAAUUAA